CAGGCUCUAGACGCCGGAGAUCAGUGUCUUCGCAUUCAGUAUCAACCAUCUCAACAAAUGCCUCUAGGGACUCUCGCUCCCCGCCACCUAGGCGAAGAACUAGGUCUCCCACGCCCAAGCGACGUCAUGAUAGCCCAGAGUCAUCCGGUGACCGCAGUUACAGCCGAAGUCCAUCACCGCCACGACGGGAGCGGCGUUCAGUAUCACGCGACAGUCUGUCUCCUUCGCGCGAAGGCUCCCAGCGAGGCGAGAGAAGACAGAGACAAUCUUCUUAUGGCCGAAGAGACGAUGUCUCACCCUCGCGGCAACGGUGGCCGCGUGACGAGGAGCCAGAACGACGACAUGGCAGGCGGCAGAACAGGGGAGAUUCACGAUCGAGGUCACCACAGCAGGAUGACCGGUCUUAUCGAAGGCGGGACGAUUACAACGUCCCGCGCGGUGGCCGGCGUGGCGGCCGUCAUGAAGGGCAUGGAAGAGCACCACCGCCCAGAGAGGUCCACAGAGAGGCUCCCAAGGAGGCGCCCCGGGAGCGAAGCCUGA